AUGCCAUUCGUAGAAGAGAUUAACCUUAAGACGCAUAGCCCUGAUGUAUACUUCACGAGUGUUAAUGCUGCCGGACCUUCCGGCAGGAAUCGUAUCACCAAGACCACAACCGCUUCGGGAGCGAGAAACAACAAGCGAGUCAACUAUUCACUUUCUGAUCUGGAAGCUAAAAUAUAUGCACAGAAAGGUAGCACAGAUGCAGAGCCGCAAAACUCGAGUUUCAUCACCACUACCAGCACUGCUCUUGAACGCUACACCCCACAGGAAUUGCUGAAGUCACGCCGUAGAUUUAUGGAGCUCGACUCUGAGAACCCACAAGAUAUCAAGGAUGUGGCAUACCUCAUGAGCAGCGUCACGGGUAUCAGCAAGGACCGCAUCGACGCAAGUAGCGGCUCGGGACAAGGCACCGGUUCCACAUCCAACGUCAACAGGCCUGGCAGGAACAAGUUCGAACUGCCGAAAAACAUGGAGCUCAUGUAUCGGUCCACCAAACCGCCGGCAGUCAAGAAAAAGAACACUAACCGAAUAGUAGCGCUGAAAAAGACACUCGCCUCCAAGAGACCCCUCACCAGCUACCUCGAUGCACUCGAUCAGGUAAACCGCAGCAUUGUCUUCCACAACGUAUACAAUAAGAAGUUCUUCAAGGUACUUCCGGUUAUCACCGUCUGCUCCAUUUGUGGUGGCUAUAAUAGCAUCUCGGGAUGCGUCAACUGUGGAAAUAAAGUCUGUAGUCUACGGUGUUUCAACCUCCAUAAUGAUACGAGGUGUACCAACUAG